UUUUCUCACUUCCGUUCGACCUGAUGGAGGGAUCUUCCUGAAGUUGCGACAAGCUUACUUAAUGCUGGUGAUGCGGUCAUUUUAAAGCGGGUUUUACCGAUAUUAUUUUCAAUAUUUUCAUCAAAUCUACCCGAACAACAGCCUCCGCUGUGAGGUGACCAUUUUGAAUUCAGAGGAAAACGUCAACAGUUGAGUGUAUAUUUAAGCUAACAGCUAGCACCAUGUUUUGGGAAGAAUUGCUUUUCUCUCUGUUGGUCUGGCCUCAAGCUGCCUCCUCUUCCUCUGACUGAGCUGGAAACCUGAAAGGUGGAGGAAACUUCUCAGCUGAAGUCAAUGAGGCUCCCAGGUUCCUCUACAGGUUCUUCUGCAUCUCGUUUCUUCUAGCCUGCUAGCUCGUCAGCUAUGGCGGACAGCUUUGAAGAGGAGUACAGCGGCGGUGGCCACAGUUUAGGCGUUCCCGGACAGGGUGGCGGAGCUUUUCCGCUGCCGGCUUUGCCAGGGGGAUACCCUGCCGCUAGCGGAGCUCACCCUAGCCCCAACUCGGCCUCCCCCUCUCCCGCUACAACCCCAGCCGCGCCCGGUGGCCUGGCCGCUGUGGUGUCCCCGAUCUCCGCAGUUGCCUCUUCAGCCAUGGGCUUUGGGAACGCAUUCAGCUCCGGCCCUUCGCCACCAGUCCUGGCCGUGUCCCCCAUCGUUCACACGUCCUCCCCCCUGCCCGGUGUCGGCCAAGGGGUGGCGGGGCUGGCAGGAGGGGGGCUCCUGUCCCAGAUCCACGCCACUUCCUGGGACCCAACUCUGAGCGCAGACUGGGACAAUGAGAAGGCAUCCCAGACAUGCAUCCUGAGGAUCAAGAGGGACAUAAUGUCAAUAUACAAGGAACCCCCCCCUGGGAUGUUUGUUGUUCCAGAUCCUCAGGAUAUGACCAAGAUCCAUGCUCUGAUCACAGGACCGUUCGACACGCCCUAUGAGGGCGGCUUCUUCCUCUUCCUGUUCCGCUGCCCCCCAGACUACCCCAUCCAUCCGCCACGAGUAAAGCUAAUCACAACCGGACAGAACACGGUCCGCUUUAACCCCAACUUCUACCGCAACGGCAAGGUGUGCCUCAGCAUCCUGGGUACAUGGACCGGACCAGCUUGGAGUCCAGCACAGAGCAUAUCCUCUGUCCUCAUAUCCAUUCAGUCCCUGAUGACGGAGAACCCGUAUCACAACGAGCCCGGCUUCGAGCAGGAGCGCCACCCAGGGGACAGUAAGAAUUACAACGAGUGCAUCCGCCAUGAAACCAUGAGGGUGGCUGUAUGCGACAUGCUGGAGGGGAAAGUUCCCUGUCCUGAGGCUCUGAGUAGCGUGAUGGAGAAGUCCUUCCUGGAGUACUACGACUUCUAUGAGGGCGUCUGCAAAGAGCGGCUGCAUCUGCAGGGUCAGAACAUGCAGGACCCAUUUGGGGAGAAGCGCGGUUGUUUCGAUUACCAGAGCCUGCUGGUUCGUCUCGGCGCCACUCACAGGCGAAUACGGGAAAAGAGCUUGGCGGAGGACACUCGCAACGACAACAACUCGGACUCGGAUACCAGCUCCUCUGAAACGGACCUGGACAGCCAGGGCAGCUCCCAGCCCUGACUCCACGCCGCCGGCCUUGGACUGAUUGGAUUCUUUGUUUGCCUCUUUAUUUUCCUUUUAACUUUUUUUUCAGCGGCGCCAGCCGUCAUAUUCUAACGGUCCGUCAUCGUUCAUGGAUCCAGAGUUCAUUGCUGAGUUCUUCUCCUGUUGUGUGCUGACAGAAAGUUGGUCCACUGAGAAGGCCACGAGGGUUUAAUGUUUAACGCUUGUUUAGAGCUAAUCCGAUACCCUGAACUCGAUGUUCACUCGGAUUCUCCCAAAAAAAAUAAACCCAGUAAAACUUUAGAUUAGUUCCCAGAGGAAAUGGUGAUGUUAUCUGCCAGAAGAAAGGCCGACAGGUGAAACUUAUCCUACAAAACGUCACUGUGGCUUAAAUACGCCGCCGCAGCAGAAGACUGCCAAUACUCCAUGGCGUCUGCCGUCCUUCAUGGCGGCCUUGUUUUGGGUUUUAGAUGUGAGGAAGACCCUUAGCUGGAUUAAAGAUGUGGGCCGGUGAAAUGAUGUGCCUUGUCAUCGCUGCAGAAAAACCAUCUCUGGAUUUAUAAGCCGUGUUGAUGAAUCUGUGAAGCUCAGAUCUUUGCUAACAAUAAAUCAGAAGCAGAUCAUCAGAUGUAGAUUGGAGCCGUUUUAACGUCCGGUUUUCCUCCGUGAUACCAGGAACAUUUCCCGAAUAUCACUGCUGGAAAACGUCUUUCCUGUCAUCCUGAUGCAUUUUUUUUUUUGGCAUGUUUGUCACGCUCGAGUGUAUUUCAACGCGAACUGAUUCAAAUAUUGGUGGAAAAACGUGCAGUUUUUCAUUAAAGGCUUUUUGUUAACAGACGAUCCAAACCUUCACGUCUCUGUUUGUCCCAAAACACUCGAGACAAACGCCUUUCUCCCGUCACGCAUGGAGGAAACGCGGCUCCACAUCUCA